AUAAGUGACGCAACACUCGUUGCAUAAAUUUGCGCUCCGCCAGCCCGGAGCAUUUAGGGGCGGUUGGCUUUGUUGGGUGAGCUUGUUUGUGUCCCUGUGGGUGGACGUGGUUGGUGAUUCGCAGGAUCCUGGUAUCCGCUAACAGGUCAAAAUGCAGAUCUUCGUGAAAACCCUUACCGGCAAGACCAUCACCCUUGAGGUGGAGCCCAGUGACACCAUCGAAAAUGUGAAGGCCAAGAUCCAGGAUAAGGAAGGCAUCCCUCCCGACCAGCAGAGGCUCAUCUUUGCAGGCAAGCAGCUGGAAGAUGGCCGUACUCUUUCUGACUACAACAUCCAGAAGGAGUCGACCCUGCAUCUGGUCCUGCGUCUGAGAGGUGGUAUGCAGAUCUUCGUGAAGACCCUGACUGGCAAGACCAUCACCCUGGAAGUGGAGCCCAGUGACACCAUCGAAAAUGUGAAGGCCAAGAUCCAGGAUAAAGAAGGCAUCCCUCCCGACCAGCAGAGGCUCAUCUUUGCAGGCAAGCAGCUGGAAGAUGGCCGCACUCUUUCUGACUACAACAUCCAGAAGGAGUCGACCCUGCACCUGGUCCUGCGUCUGAGAGGUGGUAUGCAGAUCUUCGUGAAGACCCUGACCGGCAAGACCAUCACUCUGGAGGUGGAGCCCAGUGACACCAUCGAAAAUGUGAAGGCCAAGAUCCAAGAUAAAGAAGGCAUCCCUCCCGACCAGCAGAGGCUCAUCUUUGCAGGCAAGCAGCUGGAAGAUGGCCGCACUCUUUCUGACUACAACAUCCAGAAAGAGUCGACCCUGCACCUGGUCCUGCGCCUGAGGGGUGGCUGUUAA